CACACUACACGCAGUCCAACGUACACUCAUGAGGCUGGAAAACUCGGGUAUGAUCAAAAUAGAUCGUGCACAUCGUCUGAAUACCAGGUCUGCCAUCAAGCAUGUUAUAGUGAAAUUUAGCCUCUACAAAGACAAGCAAGUGGUUGUGAGUGCAGCAAGGGAUAUAUUAAAGGAUGUGAAAGAAAUGAGAGUCUCUGAUGACUACACGACCCUGAUAAGACUAAAGGUUUCCCAUAAAGAGGGAACACCAAGCGGACCACGUUUUCACCUCGGGGAACGACUGUUUACUUCUUACCAUACGUGAGGAUUUUCCCUUAGAAUCCACUUUUUGUUGAGAUGAAAUGCUCCAGCACACCCGGAAAAAAGACUAUUAUAUUUCUCGUUGUGUCAGUCGCUGGUUUGUUGGUAUCCUUCAUGUUAGGAAGAAAGUCAAUGUCUCCUGGCGUGACAAAGAUGGCCCCGAUGGAAAGGAAGGUCAAUAUCUCCACGACGGCCAAAAUGAUUAUCCAUCUUGAGUCUGCUGACGCAGUAUCCGGAUCUGCUUUCACUUCGGAUUCGUUGAACUCAACAUCAAACGUCAGGUCAGGUUUCCCUCGUAAUACCAUACGUGUUGAGAAGAAUACAACUAAACUGAUACUGUGGUAUUUGCGACCAAAUUAUGUCGUACCUACAAAUGAAGGAGAGUUACGUCCCUUGAAGAACUGUCCAGAUUUGAACUGUCGGGAAACAACGGACGUGAAACUGAUAUCUCGAGCAGAUGCAGUUGUAUUUGAUGUUCAUUUUAAAAUCCGACCUGACAAUAAACCGAUCAGAUACCCAGAGCAGACAUGGGUAUUUUUCGCCCAAGAAUCCCCAGUUCACGUCAAGUCAAGAUUGUACAGAAUGGACAAAUGGAAGUCUUCCUUUAACUGGACAUGCACCUACAGACGAGAUUCCGAUGUAUGGAUGCCAUACGGAAUUAUCCUAAAAAAUCCGAAACUGACCAAAAAGGAUUACCGUAAAAUAGCUGAGAGUAAAACUAAAAUGGCCGGUUGGGUCGUGAGCCACUGUUCAUGUGAAAGCAAGCGCGAAGUGUUUGCAAAGCGACUGGUAGAGCAAGGUAUUCAAGUAGAUAUAUUUGGAGACUGUGGAAAGAAAUGCGGGACCAGAAGUAAAGAUGGAACAGAAACCUGCGAAGACUUGGCGUCCAGCAAUUAUUCAUUUUAUCUCUCAUUUGAAAACUCUCUGUGUGACGACUACAUUACAGAAAAGUUUUUCCACAUGUAUAACAAAGAUGUGAUUCUUAUAGCACGAGGGGGGCGCCAGUUUUUAAAAAGUCUCCCGAAAGGAACGUUUAUAAAUACGGAUGACUAUAAAAAUGUGAAAGAUCUGGCAGCAUACUUGAAACGGCUACACGAAAAUAAAAAUGAAUACAUCAGCUUUUUAAAAAGGAAGGAUGAGUAUAUGGCAGUGGAUGAAACGUUUACCUACAAACCUACUCCAACCUUCAUAUACACACAUUCACAGUAUAUAUCAGAACCCAUGUGUGACAUGUGCAGGAAACUCUUAGACAUUGACAAUAAUAGGAACACAUACCCCGAUAUAUACCAGUGGUAUAACGAGAAUACUUGUGUUGAACCGACUGACCUUUAGAUGUGGACAUAUGCGGUGGUCAGAGGUAAUAAUCGCGUGAUAUGUCAAAGGUGUGGCAUGGACUACUAAACUGGAUACGUGGAUUAAAUGGCCGAGGGUGUGCAGGUGUUAGUAGGUUACUUAGCUGCUAGUUAAGUACUUGAAAAAGCUACCGUUGCCAAUGGCGAUUAGCUGCUACCGCUGCCCGACCUUGGUAGUAUAUUUAGUUAUAAGAAACGUUAUCACGCUGCCAAUACAAGCUGCCACUGCUGGCCUAAGGCAGAUACCGCUACCCGGCCCCAGAUAGCAUAGCCGACCAAAACAGAAGAAGAAGAAGAAGAAGAAGAAGAAGAAGAAGAAAAAUAUUUUUUUAACGUGUCACUGGAUGCAUAAAAUCGGUAACAUUGCAAAUAUGGCAUGAAUUAAAAGUACAUCCUCCGGCCAGCGUUUGCCUACAAUACACGAAUAUACGUAUUACAUCAAUAGUUAAAAUAUAAAAUAUAAAAUAUACAUCAAUGCAUUGAAACGGGAUUAAUUGGGUAGUGACAUGAUAUUAAGAAAGUGUGUGACAACGACGCUUAUACAUUUUUGUUAGUAAAACGGCUAACUUAUUACAUAUUGAAUCAUUAUUCAUUAUAUGAUUAAACUGGUCUGCUGGAUGAAGUUGUAGGAAGGAGGGGUCUAAACUAGAACUGAACGACAAGUUCAAUUCUGUCAAAAAAAAUGAUUUUUCAACUUUGUACACCACAAUCUCAUUUGACAAACUUAAGGGAAAACUUACGAUCUUGAUCCUCGUCAGAGAUAGAUUCUAUGUGAAAAUUGGGGUUUGGACAUUUAAGCAAGAAGUCGGAAUUCCCAUGGGCACCAAUUGUGCUCCCCUUUUUGCUGACCACUUUCUGUAUGAAUCGGAUUUUCUACUACUGACUGGCAAAUUAACACUCGGAAUCUUACAAUUUCUUUUAUCAGAGAUUGUAUGGUAUACAAAUGGUAUUUUUUCUCCUUUAUUGUUUAAAUAAGCCCAUUUAGCAUUUUUUGUGACAAUUCUUCAUUCCGUGUUCUGCAUGUGCUGUUUUUUUGCGAUGUUGACCUUUAGACUGCUGCAGAAAUCAAUCACAAUCAAGUUUGAGAAGAUUGUUUCGUUCAUUCGAUAACAAACGUUUAUGAUAAAUACUUAUAAAGCAAGAAAUAAAAGAGGAACUUAAACUUUCAGAAACA